AUGCAAUAAGCCUCACAUGUAAUCUAUGAGCUUGAAGAUGAUGAGGACAACAAAUAAUAAACUUCUAAACAAGUAAAUAAGCUAUUUUAAUUAUUAUAGUAAAUCAAGAUCGAUAGAAAAUUGGGAGCAGUUACUUAUAAGAAAUGGGGCACGUUAUAUAAUUACUAUUUCUCGUUCAAUCUAAAAAAAGCAAGACUAUUGUGUUACAAAACGAAGACAUCCUCGUCCUACAAUAAUUAUUACUCGUUAAACAAGGGAGAUUUUGUCAAGGAUGAAUCAGAAAUUGAUCGAUUCGAAAAAAGUUUGAAGAAAAGAAAAAAUUAUGAAAGUCCUCCUGAUCAGAAGGUAAAAAUUGACUAAUGAAUUAAGUUAAUUAUCUAUGUUCGAACAGCUAAAGGCAGAAUUUUUAAAUUGGUCAUCGACGAAAACGAAAAUUAUGAUAAAAUCGUAGGUUAUUUAUAAAUUUGUUUCUCAUCUAAAAUUUAGACUGUGACCUCCUUUUUUGCUUUACUAGGCGUUGGAUUAAUCAAAGUUAACGAUUACGAAUUCAAACUAACCACUGGCAUCUUUGUAUCUUUGAACGAUUGGUCAAAAACAAAUAAUAAUAAAUACCUAUUGAAUAAUCAUGAUUUAGGCUUAAACUUAUUAAUAAGCAAUAUCGAAUUAUUGGGUGGCAUAAUAGGUUCGUUUUAUAGAACCCAAAGGAUAUUCGGAAUUAUCUUUAACCCAUUUACGCAAACCAUUGACAUCGUAUUGUUCGAUAAUUAGAAGUAAAUCCUUUUCUAAUAUUAUUUUAGUCCUAAAAAAUUACUUUAAGGAUUGUUCAAAUUAGUCAAAUUUAGUAGGAAACAAAUCUAACCAUCAGGUAGAGGACAGCUAUUGAAGUUGAGAACAGAUUAAAACGAAGUUCAAGAAAGCCAUUAUGUAGAAAUAGCAUAAAAUGAGAAUGUUAAGAUCUAUAUACACAAUGAGUAUCUUAACAUUUCAGAUUAUGAGUUGGUCUAAGGAUCCAUGUUCACAUCCUAAUAUGUAGAUGAUCAAAAUGAUUUAGAUGCUGAUAAGUUAAUAUCGAAUACAGCCUUAGAAUUCUAUAAAAAGGAAUAUAAAUUAAUUAACAGCAAUGAAGAUGAAACUAAAGAAUUUAUUAUUGUUAACAGAUAGUAAAAAUAAUUAAACUUUAAUAAUAUUGCAUCACCUCGAUGUAAUAAAAGACAUGUUUCAAUAAUUACUGAAGAAAUUGUCGAUGAAAACUAAGGACAAGGCAUUUAGGUAGCCAAAAGUAUAAAAGUGCAUAUGCAUAAAUCAGAUCAAAGUAUACAAUAAUAAAAAUAUACUACAUCUCCUAAAUUAGAGUUAAUUGCAGAAUUUCAAACAGGGCAUUUCAAUUAAAUUGAGAACAUUGAUUAGGUGAAGCAACAUCUAUUCAAAUAAGAAUAAUAGCAAUAAUAAAAUGGAAAGGAUGCAUAAAAUAUACAAUAGGAAUAAAAUAAAGAAAAUAAAGAAUAAAAAAUACUAGAAUGUUAAGAAAAAGAGCAAGAUAACGAUUCAGAUGAAAUUGAUUUGGUUAAGUUUUCUAUAGUUUUUGAAGUAUCAGAGCAUUGCCCUUAUAGAGAUUAUAAUUCAAUUAUGAAUUACGCUAUAAAUUUUAAGAAAAUAGAUUACAAAGAUGAAUAUAGAGUCAGUAUUGCUCAUAAAAGUGGGGGAACUGCUUGUUAAGAUAAGAAGAUUAUUGAAUUAGCAAGAAGUGUCGGAAAAAACAUGAUCAAACAAGUGGGUUAGAAAUUAUUAAGUGGUAAUUUCAAUCUUACUCAAGUGUCCUUUCCAGUAAUUCAAUAUCUUAUAAAUGUAUUUAGAUCAAAGCCAUGAUUCCCAAAUCUGCCUUAGAAAAAACCUUUAUGUAAACAAUUCUCUUUCCAUUAUACUUAAAUAAGGCAGCAUCCCUUUAAGAUCCUCUUGAACGAAUGAAACUCUCAAUUGUCGGAUUACUAUCCAAUUAUAUUUAAGCUAAUUCUUUUCUAAAACCUCUUAAUCCUAUAUUGGGGGAGACUUUUGAAGGCGGCUAUGAAGACGGCACAUAAUUAUUUUGCGAAUAAGUAAAUAUCUAAUAAAAUCCAUUAGAUAUCUCAUCAUCCUCCACUCUCUUAUUUCUUAGUUUAUGGACCAAAAAAAUCUUAUAAAUUUUAUGGAUACUCCCUCUAUGAAGCAAAGGCAGGAUUCAACUCUCUAACAAUAUUGAAUCAUGGCAAAAGAACAUUAUAAUUUAAUGAUUAAAAAAUCCAAUGCACAUUCUCAUCAGAACAUUACUCUGGUACAUUUUUAGGAACCAUGAAAAAUGAAUCACAAGGCUCUCUUUAAUUUAUUGAUGAGGCUAAUAGUAAAUAGUUAAUUUAUCAGUAGAUUUAAAAUGUAUUGUCUAACUUGGAAAGGUAAAAAAUAAACCAACUGAUUAUUUUGAAGGAGAGAUCAAAAGAGGUAAAACAACUCUAAGCAAAUUAUUUGGCUCAUACAUGGGAUUUGCUGAUUUCGAUGGUGUUCGAUAUUGGGAUGCCAGAGUUGUUAAACCCUUCGCAAUGCAAAUAUUAAAAUCUUCUCUUGAAUCAGAUCAUGCAAAAAGAACAGACAGGAUCUUUAUGGUACAAGGUGAUAUGGACAAAGCUCAAUCUGAAAAAGAGAGACUGGAAUAACUAUAAAGAAAAGAUGCAGCUUUAAGAAAAGCUUAAAGAUAAAAUGAUUGA